AUGGGCUGCCGUUUGGGAAGCACCUCUGUGUUUGUGUGGCAUUCUGCUGGGAGUGAGAGCGCAGUGUGGAGCUGGUCUCAUUGUCUCCCUGCCCUGGCGCUAGGCUUCUCUCUGGACUAUAAAGACGACUCGGUGGAGAGACUGAUCACACUGAGGGAGAGCAUGGACAACCCAGACCACUCUGUCCUCUACAAGACCUGCUCCGAGCUGGCCAAGAUCAUCAGUAAGCGUCUGCCCCAGCAGCAGCUCAACACUCUGAUCUUCAUGUUGUUUGAGGGGCUGGUGGACUCCCAGUCUAACUGCUCCAGAGCCUCCAGUGUUCUACUCAACACCCUGCUGAAGAACAGAGGAGCGGGACUACAAGACCUGGUAUCAGAGAUGCUGGAGGUGCUUCACAGCCGUCUGCAGAUGAUCAGUGAGGAGCAGGUGAAGGUGUCUGUGGCCCAGUCCAUCCUCAUCCUGGCUACACAGCACCUCCAGACUGUCAUCAACACACUCAUCUCCUACCCCCUGCCCUUCGACAGGUGAGAACCAUCUCUCUCUUCCUCUCCUUCCUCCAUCUCCCACCCCCUGCCCUUCGACAGGUGAGAACCAUCUCUCUCUUCCUCCUCCCUCCAUCUCCCACCCCCUGCCCUUCGACAGGUGAGAAACCAUCUCUCUCUUCCUCCUCCCUCCAUCUCCCACCCCCUGCCCUUCGACAGGUGAGAACCAUCUCUCUCUCUUCGUCUUCUAUCUCCCCUCUGUUCAACAAAGAAGAUCCCUCUCCGUCUGUUUCUUCUCAUUUGACAAGUGACAGCUCUCUCCUCUUCUCCUUUCCAAAAGUCAACUUCCGUUCUCCCUGCUUCAUUUGACAUGUUAAUUCUCUCGCUCUCUCACUCUCACACACUAGUGAGACUCCAUGAAUCUUCCAACCAG